AGAGAGAGAGAGAGAGAGAGAGAGAGAGAGAGAAGGGGAGAGGGAGAAAGAGGGAGAGGAUGAGUCCUCGAAAUCCGCCCAGCCAAGGCAGCCUUUCACUGCUGGAUGCAGCGUCUCCUAUCAAAACGAUGGUGCGGGCACUGCUGCUCUUCUCCCUCAUCCAGGGUUCUAGCCAAAAGAGUGAUGACGAUUAUGAAGAUUAUACAACCAACAAAACCUGGGUUUUGACUCCCAAAGUUCAUGAAAGUGAUGUUACCCUUAUUUUAAAUGGCCUGCUGGAGGGAUAUGAUAACAAACUGAGGCCGGAUAUAGGAGUGCAGCCAACGGUAAUUCAUACUGAUAUGUAUAUUAACAGCAUUGGCCCAGUGAACGCCAUCAAUAUGGAAUAUACAAUAGACAUUUUUUUUGCUCAAACCUGGUACGACAGACGGCUAAGAUUCAACAGCACCAUUAAAGUGCUGAGGUUGAACAGCAACAUGGUGGGGAAGAUCUGGAUCCCUGACACAUUCUUCCGAAACUCAAAAAAGGCUGAUGCUCAUUGGAUAACAACUCCCAAUCGGAUGCUCCGGAUCUGGAAUGAUGGCAGAGUACUAUAUACACUGAGAUUGACGAUAGAUGCCGAGUGUCAGUUACAGCUGCACAACUUUCCAAUGGAUGAACAUUCUUGUCCACUGGCUUUUUCAAGCUAUGGCUACCCAAAGGAGGAGAUUAUCUACAUGUGGAAGCGCAGCUCAGUAGAAGUAGGAGACACUAGAUCCUGGAGGCUGUAUCAGUUUUCAUUUAUUGGGCUCAGAAAUACAACUGAAGUCGUGCCGACAACUUCAGGAGAUUAUGUGGUCAUGGCAGUCUACUUUGAUCUAAGCAGAAGGAUGGGCUACUUCACCAUUCAGACUUACAUCCCUUGCACACUCAUCGUAGUGCUAUCUUGGGUCUCUUUCUGGAUUAAUAAGGAUGCCGUCCCAGCCAGAACAUCUUUGGGUAUCACAACUGUCCUGACCAUGACCACCCUCAGCACCAUCGCUCGCAAAUCCCUCCCCAAGGUCUCUUAUGUGACAGCAAUGGAUCUUUUUGUAUCAGUUUGCUUUAUUUUUGUUUUUUCUGCCCUGGUGGAGUACGGGACUCUCCACUAUUUUGUCAGUAACAGAAAGCCAAGCAAGGAUAAAGACAAAAAGAAGAAAAACCCUCUUCUUCGGAUGUUUUCAUUCAAGGCACCUACAAUCGACAUCCGCCCCAGGUCAGCUACUAUCCAAAUGAACAAUGCCACACACCUCCAAGAACGGGACGAAGAAUAUGGAUAUGAAUGUCUCGAUGGCAAGGACUGCGCAAGUUUCUUCUGCUGCUUCGAGGAUUGCCGAACGGGAGCCUGGCGGCAUGGAAGAAUACACAUCCGCAUUGCCAAAAUGGACUCAUACGCCCGUAUAUUUUUCCCAACUGCAUUCUGUUUGUUUAAUCUGGUCUACUGGGUGUCCUACCUUUACCUUUAAACAAUUAGAAAAGAAAUUGGGCGAUAAGAGCCUUACUCCUGGAAUUUAUUCGAGAGAUGGGUAACCUGUAUAAAUCCAAGCUGACGCCACGCUCUAAUGGCUGUAGUGCACUUAAGGGGAAUUUCAACGUACUCUUGGGCUUUCCUGCAGGUAGAAUCAUCCCAUUCUCUUCAGCACCUGGGAAUACUCUACGCGUGCUCCUUUAUGCACACAGAGCAUUCCCUGACAUGUGCAGGAGGUGGGUCAGCCCUGGGUCACUUAGAAAUCCAUUGCGCAACAUGGAACUCUGAACUUCUAAAGUGGUCUGAAUUCUUUAGUACCAUAGCCCAGUAAAUAUCAUAUCAUAUAUUGUCUAAGGCUACCAUGGAAUUGUUGUAGUUUGAAUGCUAUCAGUCAACAUUUUAAGAAAUUCAAUAAGCAAAAAACAAACAAGUAUCACAUACGAUACCAAUGAAUCUGAGAGGCACUGUAGGGAGAGGACCCACAGACCAUUAGAUUUUGGGCAUUAUGCAGUGGCAGCAGUUGAAAGCUAAAAAUACCAUUGAGUUUGUGAGCAUUCACUAUAAAUAUGUGAUAUCUUUGUCCUCUGUGGGCUUUUCCUUUUGGAAGAGUCAUCUCUCACUUCGGAUUGAUGUAACUAGUCUAGGGGAAAAUAGCUUUUCUUUACAUCCAAAUAAAAAUAGAACUUUUGGGUGACCUCCCUAAAAGCACAUGUACAAAUGUUGUAAAUAUUUCAAUACCUUGUAGUACUUGGGUCUAGUGCAUGGAGAAUUUUUUUUUUUGGGGGGGGGG